AUGAAGAAAUUGAAGCACACAGAGAUCAGAGAUUAAUUUUCCCAAAAUCACACAGCAAUUAAGAGGCACAGAACAAGUUGAAAUCAUCGCAGAAGGAUAAAGUUCGUCAGUUUAUGAUCUUCACACAAUCUAGUGAAAAAACAGCAGUAAGUUGCCUGUCUCAAAAUGACUGGAAGUUAGAUGUUGCAACAGACAAUUUUUUCCAAAAUCCUGAACUUUAUAUACGAGAGAGUGUAAAAGGAUCAUUGGACAGGAAGAAGUUAGAACAACUAUACAAUAGAUACAAAGAUCCUCAAGAUGAAAAUAAAAUUGGAAUAGAUGGUAUACAACAGUUCUGUGAUGACCUGGCCCUCGAUCCAGCCAGCAUUAGUGUGUUGAUCAUUGCGUGGAAGUUCAGAGCAGCAACACAGUGCGAGUUCUCCAAGCAAGAGUUCAUGGACGGCAUGACAGAGUUAGUAUGUGACAGCAUAGAAAAACUAAAGGCCCAGAUACCCAAGAUGGAACAAGAAUUGAAAGAACCAGGACGAUUUAAGGAUUUUUACCAGUUUACUUUUAAUUUUGCAAAGAAUCCAGGACAAAAAGGAUUAGAUCUAGAAAUGGCCAUUGCCUACUGGAAUUUAGUGCUUAAUGGAAGAUUUAAAUUCUUAGACUUAUGGAAUAAAUUUUUGUUGGAACAUCAUAAACGAUCCAUACCAAAAGAUACUUGGAAUCUUCUUCUAGACUUCAGUACAAUGAUUGCAGAUGACAUGUCUAAUUAUGAUGAGGAAGGAGCAUGGCCUGUUCUUAUUGAUGACUUUGUGGAAUUUGCACGCCCUCAGAUUGCUGGGACAAAAAGUACAACAGUGUAGCACUAAAGGAACCUUCUAGAAUGUACAUAGUCUGUACAAUAAAUACAACGGAAAAUUGCACAGUCAAUUUCUGCUGGCUGGACUGAACUGAAGAUCAAUCCUCCUAAUUCAGACUGAGGGUUGAGACAAAACUUUAAGGAUACAUCUUGGACCAUAUCGUAUUUCAUUCUUCUAAUGGUGGUUUGGGCUUGUCUUCUAGUCUGGGCCGCUCUAACCAUUUAUAAUUCUACAUUGUGGAUUUCAUCUUAUAUCUGUGGACCAUCCUAGUUUAUUCUCCCAUAAGUCUUAGAAGCUUUAUGGUGAUUAUUUUGAGGUUUCCAUUCUUGCAUAAAGCACAAUGCUGUCUUCAUCAGAAAACAGUUUGGCAUAAGAAUUAAACAUGAACAUCACAAACAAUUUAUAAAAACUUCUUAAAUAUAUGCUUUGGGCUAGUUGCAAAGACUAUGCUAAUAGCACUUCCAAUGAGAGUGAUAUAUUUAAGUGUACCAGAUCUGGAAUGGUGUUUUGGUUUGGGGGAUUUUUUUUUUCCUGGAAAAUCACAUGUAUUGUUGAUGUGAGUAGAGAAUCUGAUGAAAAAAAUGUCAAAAUAACCAACGUGAAAAUUUUUUAGGAUAACUUCUUGUGCCUACCUGAAAAAUUUAUUGUGUUUCAGACCCUCGAUUUCAAAAGGUCCCACAGACCUACUCUACUUACCUAUGUUUAUAUAUAGUUGUCCUACAGGGAGCUUUUAUUUAGAAAAUGUCUGCAUAAUGUUAGAUUCUACUGUCUACAUUCUGCAGCACAUAAUUGGAUUUCAUUAUGAUUUUGAAAUGCUUAUAUGCCUGUUGAAUAAGUUAAACUAUUUAAUUUGUUUUGAAUGUUUUAGAUUGCUACACAAUACAAUAUUCUAAAUUUAGGCAUGAGGGUUUAUUUUAUUUUUUUAGCACACCAUGGAACAAAAAUGAAAUUUUCUUAAUUUAUAAGAAGAUAGUAGGAAUUAAAUUUUGAAAAUGGUUGUGAAUGAGCCAUGACGUUCAAUCCUCAUAGGUACUGCUUUUUCAGACAAAUAGUCCAUUUUUGAUGACCUUAUUUUGUUGAAACUGCUUUAACUGCUAAUCACUGUGGUUGCCAAAUACUUCAGGAGCAAAGAUUUUCCAGCAAGCAUGCACUUGAUGCAAAAUACCAAUCUGGCUUCUAUUUUUGUAAAUUAUUCAGUCUCUUUACUGUUUUUGUUUCACUCAAAUUUGAUGUUUUCACGUCAAAGCAGAAUUCUAUCUUGUAUGUAUUAUAUUCAUUACAAGAUCUAUGAACUGCUUUUAUGCUGAAAAUGCUGAUUUUCCUGUUCACUUCCUAACACAUGAAGGAGGAUUUAUUGCUUUUUAAAAGAUUUCUGUAAGGUAGGUUAAAAAAUGUAAAACUUCAAAUGUUGGAUGCCUAUGGACUUUAACAGGAAUAGGUUUUGCUUGGUGUAUCCAUGCACUCUCUAAGAUCUAAUGUUGAAAUUAUCAAAGGAAUGUACUUCAGAUUAGCAGUACGUUUUAGAUGUGGAAAUGAUUUUAAGAACAAUGACAUAUUAAGACCACUUUUUAUUUACAUAAUUUUGAAGUUGACUAGGAAGGUUUCCCACAGAUCUUAUAUUAAUAUUCCAAUCAUAUUCUUCCAAAAGAAAAAUUUGAAAAUUUCUAUUCAGGUUACUGGAAUUGGUUAUUUGAAAAAAAAAAAAUAGGAAGAAAAAAGAAGAAUCCUGCUGCUUCCCUUUCAAGUAUAUCCUGAUUUCAUAUUUGUAAAUAUAAAGAGGAACUUCAAUUAUGAAAAAAUUUAAAAGAUAUAUGUAUUAUUUUGUUUCCUGUCUUGAAGAUUUUGAGUUAUGGUAUUGUUUUCAGAUAGAUUAAUUCAAGUAUGCGGUGUCUUGAAAUGAGAUCCCAUUCGUUUUUUCCCCCUGUUAUAAAUUGUUUUUCAUAAAAGUCUGAUAUUGGUUCAUGGCCUAGUGCCUUGGGGUUUUACAGACUUUUCCUUUUAAAUGUAAGACCUUUUCAACAAAAUAGUAUUUGUCAUCAGUUUGGUACUAAACAUUUAUAAUUACUGUGUAAUUAUAAACAAAAAUACAUAAUCUUUGAAUAUAAUUAUGUAGCAUAAAAGUUAAGGUUGUUCACUCUAUGAUGGCAUCUUAGAAUUAAACAAUAUUAUUUCUAGGGCUGAAAAGAAGACUGAUUUAAUGUGGUAUGAUUACUCUGAGGAUAAAUGUCUGGUUACAGGGAAUAUUCUGUACUAAAAAUGCUUACACGUAUGGUUGUGUGUGUGUGCAUGCAUGUGAGUGCAUGUCUGUGAGAAAGAGGUUGAAAGACGCACGCACGCACCCACGCAUGCACGCACUUGAAUUGCUUUAAUUCAUUAGUGUUUCCAUUUUCAUUCUGGUAAACUCCCCAUGCUGAUUCUUUGUUUUAAACUGAACCACAGGUACAGUUUCCUCUUUGCCAAAUGUCAAAACAGGUACACAUUUUAAAAUAUAAUGCUUUUAAAAUACUAAAGUGUAUAAAAUUAGAAGUGCCCACAUAUAAAAAUACUUGAGAUCAAGAUUAUCUUCAGUGACUAUCACCGGCAUAUCUCUGUAAGUUCAAUUGUGUUCCUUACAAUCCCUGUCAUAUUACAACAGAGGCAAUAAAAGCUUCAGUGAAAUUGCCAUGCCUAAA